AUGUGUGGAAACCGCAUCUGUAUCCCCAAGGAGCUGCGCUGCAAUGGACAAAAUGACUGCAUUGAUAACUCUGAUGAAGGCGAAUGUGGUAAAUGUAGUAAGGGUGGCAUCCGCUGUCCUGAGGGUAAGUGUCUGUCAGCUGAGGAAAGGUGUGAUGGACGGGUUCAAUGUUCUGAUGGCAGUGAUGAGCCUAUAACCUGCAGUCGUACCUGCUCCAUGUCCAAUGGUGGCUGCAGCCAUGUGUGCAAAGAUGAAUCCUGGGGAGUGCAAUGCAUUUGUCCAGUUGGUUAUAAGCUCUCCCCCAAUGGUGCCGUCUGUGAAGAUUUUGAUGAAUGUGCAGCAGCUUUUCCUCCAUGUGUUCAUCACUGCACAAACACUAUUGGAUCCUACUUCUGCCACUGCAGAGAGGGGUUUGAACUCAGCGGAGACACUACAUGUCAAGCUUCAAUUAAUGCAACCCAACUGCUGAUGGUACAGAGGAACACGUUAGGACUUCUGAAUGUAAAAUCCCUGCAGUUUAAUGCAAUCAAAGCUUCAGUGUUUGAGCCAGUGGCAUCAGCCUAUGACAUUGCCAGAGGGUGGUACUACUGGGCCGAUGGUGGCGGAAGUAUUUACAAAACCAAUGGGCGGAGCAGCUGGACAACGUUUACUGGAAAACCUGGAAUUAAGGGUUUAGCCUGUGAUUGGCUAAAUGGAUACCUUUUCUGGACCAAUCAGAAGACUGAGUCAAUCUACAUGCAGUCAAACGAUGGUAAAAGUUUCACAACUUUACUGAACAAAAAUGUCCGCCCAUCAGAAUUGGCUCUUCUUCCCAUUGAGAGCCUGAUGUUCUGGAUAAAUGAAGGUCCAGGUGACAGAGUGACAUUGGAGAAGUCUUGGAUGGAUGGAUCAGACAGAAGCACUCUUACAGUCCUCACUGCACAGAUUGCUCACAGCCUUACAACUGAUGUUGCUGCCAGGAGGCUCUAUUGGAUCAGUGACCUGAAGAUGUCUGUAGAGACGGUGAAGGUGGAUGGGACGGGUCGCUACUCCUUUAUCGGGCUAUUUAACAAGAGACCAGCUUUGAGCCUCGCAGUCUUUGAAGGGAUGUUCUUUUGGACCGAUGAGAAAGGACUGUGGCAAGCUCCCCAAGGCCAACCAAAUCCUCGGAAAUUCCUCAGUAAAACUGACUUCCCUCUGCUGUCGGUCUACCAUGAGCUCCAACAGCCAAAGGGUACUUUGUAG